AUGGCAGUUGAAACUUCCAAGAGCUUAUCGAUAAAGGCAAGGCUAUUUUCGGAUCGAUUAGAAGGUUUGGAAAAAUUUGUAGGGGGCGCAGACGUCGACAGAGUCAGCGCGACUUUAUGUUUGGGGGACCUAACCCGUAAAUUUCAAGAAUGUGAGGACUUAAUAGAAGCGUUUAGUGUUGAGAACGGAAAGGUAAUGGAAGUAGAGACGUGGCCAGACAUCAGCAAGCGGUAUUACAAGAUAGCCAGCAACAUUGCGAAGUUGAAUGCUCUCGACGGGAGGAACAAUGCGUCUUUAGUAGGUCAGGGAGGAGUAAUGGGCUCUUCGACUUUUGUAGAACACCAGCGUCUCUUAAAACUCCCAGUAGUGGAACUUCCAAGGUUUAGCGGUGGGCAUGAAGAAUGGUUGUCGUACAAAAACACUUUCUUGACGAUGAUCAAUUCACGCAGUGACAUGGAUAAACUGGUCAAGUUUAUGUAUUCGCGGAAUACUUUACAGGGCGAAGCGUUGAACAAGAUCUCGAUUUAUACUAUCAGCGCGGAGAACUAUGACAAGGCUUGGAAAACUCUGGUCAAUUCGUACGAGCGUUGGUGUAUUCUGAUCUCCAAGCAUCUUGAUGCAAUCCUCGACAUUCUGCCGUUGAAAACUGCUACGUCCAAGAAUUUGUCCAUAAUGGUUGACAAGGUGAAGCAGCACUUGAAUUCGUUAGAAUUUCUUGGUGGUAUGGAACCUCCCCGUAUGGUCGUUCGUUUACUUGAGAGGGCCUUACCAUCGCCCAUUCGUGAAAGAUGGGAGGACUCGCUUGCGGUGGACGAGCUCCCGAACCUUUAA